UUUAGCACCCUAGUGACCUUAGAAACGCGUUACCUUCACACGAAUCCGAUGCUCAAGAAAGGUAGCAAGAUGAGAACAACGACCCCCUAUAAUCACAUAUCCAGAUAAGAUAUUUCCAAGAACAAAACUCUAUAUAUGUAUACUCCAUGUGUUCGAAAUUAUUCCUAAAGCAAGUGCAUUGAUGUUCGGAAACGAAUGACACCUAGUCCUAAGUUUUGUUAGUCACAAAUUCCACGCCUUGACUGUUUUAUGCCAUUCCUACUUACAAUUUACAAUUUGUUUUGCGCACUUGGUUUUAAACUCGAAAUUGCGACAACGAUUCAGACGUGCGUUUCCAGUUCUUAAGACAGUAAGGUUUAAAUAUUAAUUUUCUUAAAAUUAACUGAAAGAGUUGAUGAUAGAAUUACUCACAAUCUUAUCAUUCCUUUUUGUACUUAACAAAAAUAUUUAAAAAGAAAUCAUAGUAGAGUUUAGCCAGAACACUAAUAGCCUUUUCCGGAACUGUCUUAAAACUUCGAAACGCACUGUUUAAAUACAUUUAUACGUCUAUUUUUAUACUAUUAAGUAUAUAUACGCAUAUAACACUGGCAGAUGUAGAAUAAAUUCCUGUUAAAAGCUUCAAAUUUCGAUCGUGCCCAUUCAACGCAAUGCUUAAGCUGGGCUCCGUGGCCACACCCUUACGCUGUGCUCCUCUGUGGCGACGGUUGGGUACGGCCGCCAGCAUCACCGGCGAAGCAAAGCGGGUUGAACGGGAGAAGAUAGUACGGAACUCCAACAGACUCCAGGAUGAGGUGGAUCGCAGCGUGCCGUGUCUGGAAGAGCCAGCCAAUGAACGGAACGAAAAGUUGUUGCUCAGCCACGCCAUUCACGAAGUGCAGCGUCGUCCCAUCGAGAUACCCAGCAUAGUUGGUGACGAACCGAUCUUCACCAUGGAUAACCAGCGACUGUCCUGCCCUCACCACCUGCAGACGGUCCUGGCACAAGUGUAUUUCGCCAAUCGCACCCAAAUCGAGUCGGCCAUCAAGUCGGCUCUCGUGGCACAGGGCACCUGGAGCCUCGUACCCUCCACCGAGCGCCUGGAUAUCUGGCGCAAGGCUGUCGCGAUCAUUGAGGCGGACGAGCUGCGGAUACGCGCAUACCUGAUGAUGACCCUCAGCAAGACAUCCGAAGACGCAACCAACGACAUCCAGCGGUUGCUCAGCUCGCUGCGAGCCAACGCCGACUACCUGGAGCACCUCGCUGAGCUGCGCUUUGAGAUCCAGGGGGAUCUGAAUGUGUUUCCCAGCUUCCACCUUCGACCAAUGGACGGCUUUGUCGCCGCCCUGGCUCCAUUCGAGUCGAUAGCCCUGUCGGCCGGUUUGGCCUUUUGUCCGGCUCUCAUGGGCAACACGGUGCUGUGGAAUCCCUCUCUUGAGGUGGCGCCCGUCAGCUAUCUCAUCUACCAGGCGUUCCAGCAGGCGGGCCUACCGCCCGGCGUUGUUAACUUCAUUCCAUCCAAUAGACGUCUAUUCCUCAACACCAUCACCAAUGCCGUCCACUUUGCUGGCUUGAACUUCCAUGCCAGUGCCGAGGAGUACAAGUACGUGCACAAGCUGGUGGGGGAUAAAAUGGAUCGGUAUAUCUGCUUCCCGCGGAUAGUGGCGGAGUGUCCAGGACAGAACUUUCAUUUCGUGCAUUCCAGCGCCAACGUCGACUCUGUUUGUGAAGCCACCGUUCAGGCGGCAUUCGGAUAUGCCGGCCAGUACUCUAAUUCGUUGUCCCGCAUGUACGUGCCAUCCUCCAUGUGGUUCCAGCUCCGGGACAAACUGGUGGAAGCCACAAAGAAGUUGCAUAUUGGAGAUCCCGUUGAGCCGGAAACGGAUAUGGGCGCUUUGAUUAACAUCAACGCGUACCAACAGAUGCAGAAGCUCUUGCAUCGCACCGAAAACCUGGAGCAUCUGUGUGGGGGGGUGUGCGACGACAGCAUUGGGAUGUUUGUCCAGCCAACGAUAGUCCAGGUGACGGAUCCGCUUGAUCCUCUGCUUUGCGAGCCGUUCGCCGGCCCCUUCCUGCCCGUCUUUGUCUACGCGGACGACGCAUUCAGUGAGGCCCUCAAGCUCGCCGCCAACCAGUCUCGCUAUGCGCUUUCCGGCUCCGUGUUCGCUUGCCGCGACGAGGUCAUCCUGCACUGCCUCAACCAGCUGCGUAUGUCGGCCAGUAAUCUUUACGUGAACGAGCGCUGCACCGGCAGCAACCUGGGACUGACACCGUUCGGUGGCAAUCGCCUGUCCGGGACCAACGACAAGUCCGGCUCGGCGUACUUCCUCAUGCGCUGGUGUUCGCCGCUGCUGAUUGAGGAGACGGUGGACGGCCCUGUUCAGGCCCAGGGCUCAAGGCUUGUUUGAAUCCUUGAACCCGGAGGUGGGUAUAAUGUGUAAGUGUAAAUAAAGACAUAUAUUUAAGUGUG